UACUCAGAGACACAGAGAUCUAAAUACAUAGUGUACAAGUUAAGCUUAGUCUAAUACUGUUUUAUCGAGUGACCUCUAUCAUGUCUGCAUAUAGCGGUAUGUAUAGGCGCCUCAACCAGCUGUGCUUUUCUCUUUCAGUCUUUAGGCCUCUGUAUAGAGAGAUAAAACCGAGUAGAGUACAGAGACAGUUCAGCAGCAGCAGCAUCAGCAAGAUGGCAGUGCGAAGCCCAGUGAAGAUUCAGAGUUUCUUCGAUCUCUCAGCGCUCAAGCUGGAUGGUGAGAUGCUGAGCUUUGCUAAGCUGAAGGGGCGCGUCGUGCUCGUGGAGAAUGUGGCAUCUCUCUGAGGCACGACAGCCAGGGAUUUCACCCAGAUGAACGAGCUGGUCUCCAAGUUCGGGGAUAAGCUUGUUAUCCUGGGAUUUCCCUCCAACCAAUUCGGACACCAGGAGAAUGCUAAAGGCGAGGAGAUUCUGCUUUCCCUGAAGUAUGUCCGGCCUGGAGACGGAUUCGAACCUCAGUGCAUCAUGAUGGAGAAAAUUGAUGUGAACGGGAAAAACUCACACCCCGUGUUCCAAUUCCUGAGAGAGCGGCUACCCUACCCCAGCGACGACGGUGUCAGUCUGAUGAAAGACCCACGCUUAAUUAUCUGGGACCCUGUCACCAGAACCGAUGUUUCUUGGAACUUUGAGAAGUUCCUCGUCAGCCCGGAUGGCAAACCGUUCCGCAGAUACUCCAGAAACUUCCAGACCAUUAAUAUCAAAGGCGACAUUGAAAGUUUGGUGAAACAGUUCAAUGUUCAAGACGAGAAGUCAUAGUCUGACUGGAGAACCUUUUAUGUUAGUUUAUACACCACAGUAUAUUUACGGAAGUCAUAUAACAGAACGCGGCUAUGGAUUUGAGCCCAAUGUUUAGGCAUUAGGUCAUCCGCAUUACUUCGUGAAUAUUCAUUCAUCAGGACAGGGGAACGAGGGGUAAAUGUCUGAUGUCACUUUCGCUGUAUUUGUCACUGAAGAGGACAAGAAUAUAUUUAAUUUUAUUUAUACCUAACCGCUGGAUAUAAUCCCAACAACAAACCAUUUCCCACAUUAGGCAUAUAUAAUCUGACACUUAUGGAAAUAUGUAUGAAGAAGAAAAAAAUGUAUGAAGAAAAAGAAACGACAUAAAAACAACAACAAUAAAACAAACAGAAUAACAUUUUUGAGGCUAAUCUUUCACCUGCCAGUUAUUCAGUUAUGGAGUUAAUGAAGGUGUGGUCAGAAACCCAUGUGGAGACUGCACUGGAUGGAAUUUCCAGGCUGAACACACUGACCGGGGCGGAUUAACCUCAAAGAUGUGGAGUUGUACAUUAAAAACUUGUUACCAAGUAUUUCAA